AUGUUUCAGUUUGUUGAAAAUCCAACUUCACGUAAAACGGAGAAAGACGAACAGUGGAGUUUAAUGUUUCACCACCAUGUUCUGACUGCUGCUGUAACAGAGUUAACCUGGUUGUGAAAAAGCUCCACCCACUUGCUUUUACAUUGUUGUUGCUGUCCCAAAUCCAAUGGCAAAGAGAGAUGUGGACGCACCUCCUCCUCCCUACUACUCUCUUGGUCUACACACUCAGCCCCCCCUCAGACCAUAUGAAGAAGUGGUGUAUGGCUCUAACCCAGGGCUGACACUCCCAAACCAGCCCCGUUAUAUCCCCCAGUAUCCCCCACCCAUUGUUCCGCCCCCAGUCACUGCACCCAGUUCAUUGCCUAAGAAGAAACAGAACUCCUGUGGAAACCAGGCUCAGUUCUUCAAGGCGGCAGCGGCGGCUCUGCUGGUGCUUACUCUGCUGGGAGUUGCUAUAUGGCUUGGAGUUUAUUAUGGCACCAAGGCAUUAGCGGACACAGACGAUGAUGAUGAUGACAACAGCAAAGAAGAUCUUGACAAAGAAAAUGUUUGGCUUCAGCUUGACACCUGCCCCAACGACACUGUCCCGUGUGAUGCGACCAAAGACUGCCAACUGGGCUCCGACGAAACAAACUGUGUGCGAUUCGGAGAAAGCAACAGCCUGGAGGUGAAAACAGCCCAAGAUACACGCUUCCUACCAGUGUGUUACAGUGGCUGGAACAAGGAUUAUGCUGACCGUGUCUGCUCACAGCUCGGAUUAAGACAGUCUUAUUUAAGUGGAGAAAUUGAUUCCAAUCCAUCCAUGGCUUUAAAACUGACCAGCAAUCCACCUUCUCUUAUUCAGGGUCUCUUAACUACCAGCUCUUCCUGUCCAAACAAGAAGAUCGUAUCCCUGCAGUGUGUGGACUGUGGUAAACAGCCGUCUACAUCCCGGAUCAUCGGGGGCACUGUGGCUAAAUCGGGUCAGUGGCCUUGGCAGGUGUCGCUUCAGUUCAAAGGAUCCCACGUCUGUGGUGGUGUCCUGAUCUCACCGGAUUUUGUGCUGACCGCUGCUCAUUGUUUCCCUGAGGAGUAUCGCUCUGCUGAAAACUGGAAAGUGUAUGCUGGAAUUGUGUCUCUGGAUAAACUAACUCAGCCCUACCUGGUUCAGAAGAUCAUACUCAGCGAGAUCUACAACAGCAGGACCAGUGACCACGAUGUAGCUCUUCUUAAGCUUACAUCUCAAGUUACUUUUAACGAUAAUGUUCAGCCAGCCUGCCUUCCACUCAAUGGCCAGGACUUUCCACAGGGAACCAGGUGUUGGACGUCUGGUUUUGGCAGUACUAGUGAAGGAUCAGGAAAGCCCUCAAAGGACCUAAUGGAAGUGAAUGUGGAUAUCAUUGGCACAAAUGUGUGCAAUGCCGCAUCAGUAUAUGGAGGUGCAGUGACCAGGAAUAUGAUUUGUGCUGGGACAUUGGAAGGAGGCAAAGAUUCCUGUCAGGGUGACAGUGGAGGACCUUUGGUGUGUAAAGCAGACAGUCGUUGGUACCUGGUGGGGCUCACCAGCUGGGGAUCAGGUUGUGGUGACGUAAACAAGCCUGGUGUCUACACCAGAGUGAGCGCUGUUCUGCCUUGGGUCUACAGCAAAUUGCAGCAAGUGAAACCUUAAUAUCUCCUGCACGUCCAGCCAAGUUAAUGAAGUCUGCACCGCAAACUUGUGUUUGAUGAAGAAAUUGCAACACUGUGAUGAGAAGACAUUAUAGAGUGAAAAUUGUCAUAUAAAAAGUUACAUGUUGGUUUAC